GCUAGGACAGCCCGUACGAGCCUGCUGUAGGAGGAAGAGAAAGGCAGAGAGAAUCGGGUUACAAGAUGGCGGAUCUGUAGUAGUUACCGCGGCGGCGGCGGCGGCGGGAGAGCGAGCGAGCUCUGGGGGGCAAAGGGACGGGAGGGUGGAGGUGUGCGGGGCUGAAGUAAGAGAUAACGGGGACUCCGAGUGGAGGGGUCUCAGUGGCUCUUGUCAACCCUUUUCGCGGCUGAACCUCUGGAGCCAUGGUGAACUGGGGCCUCUCCAGAGCCGCCGCCGCCGCCGCUGCCACCACCACCGCCGCCGCCGCCGGCGCCGCCGCCACUACUGUCUCUCAAGAGUGAGGGUCGCGGAAGAGGUGAGCGAGGAGGCGGCGGGCGGAGCAGUGGGGACAGCAGCCACCAUGUCGGAUACACGGCGACGAGUGAAGGUUUAUACCCUGAACGAAGACCGGCAAUGGGACGACCGAGGCACCGGGCACGUCUCCUCCACUUAUGUGGAGGAACUCAAGGGGAUGUCGCUGCUGGUUCGGGCAGAGUCCGACGGAUCACUACUCUUAGAAUCAAAGAUAAAUCCAAACACUGCAUAUCAGAAACAACAGGAUACGUUAAUUGUUUGGUCAGAAGCUGAGAACUAUGAUCUGGCUCUAAGUUUUCAGGAAAAAGCUGGCUGUGAUGAGAUCUGGGAAAAAAUUUGCCAGGUUCAAGGUAAGGACCCAUCAGUAGAAGUCACACAGGACCUCAUUGAUGAAUCAGAAGAAGAACGAUUUGAAGAAAUGCCUGAAACCAGUCAUCUAAUUGACCUGCCCACGUGUGAACUCAACAAACUUGAAGAGAUUGCUGACUUGGUUACCUCAGUUCUCUCCUCCCCUAUCCGUAGGGAAAAGCUGGCUCUGGCCUUGGAAAAUGAAGGCUAUAUUAAAAAACUACUGCAGCUAUUUCAAGCUUGUGAGAACCUAGAAAACACUGAAGGCUUACAUCAUUUGUAUGAAAUUAUUAGAGGAAUCUUAUUCCUAAAUAAGGCAACUCUUUUUGAGGUGAUGUUUUCUGAUGAGUGUAUCAUGGAUGUUGUGGGAUGCCUUGAAUAUGAUCCUGCUUUGGCUCAGCCAAAAAGACAUAGAGAAUUCUUGACCAAAACUGCAAAGUUUAAAGAAGUUAUACCAAUUACAGACUCUGAACUAAGGCAAAAAAUACAUCAGACUUACAGGGUACAGUAUAUUCAGGACAUCAUUUUGCCUACACCAUCGGUUUUUGAAGAGAAUUUUCUUUCUACUCUCACAUCUUUUAUUUUCUUCAACAAAGUUGAGAUAGUCAGCAUGUUGCAGGAAGAUGAGAAGUUUUUGUCUGAAGUUUUUGCACAAUUAACAGAUGAGGCUACAGAUGAUGAUAAAAGGCGUGAAUUGGUUAAUUUUUUCAAGGAAUUUUGUGCAUUUUCUCAAACAUUACAACCUCAAAACAGGGAUGCAUUUUUCAAAACUUUGGCAAAAUUGGGAAUUCUUCCUGCUCUUGAAAUUGUAAUGGGCAUGGAUGAUUUGCAAGUCAGAUCAGCUGCUACAGAUAUAUUUUCUUAUCUAGUAGAGUUUAGUCCAUCUAUGGUUCGAGAAUUUGUAAUGCAAGAAGCCCAGCAGAGUGAUGAUGAUAUUCUUCUUAUUAAUGUAGUAAUUGAACAGAUGAUCUGUGAUACUGAUCCUGAGUUAGGAGGUGCAGUUCAGUUAAUGGGACUUCUUCGUACUCUAAUUGAUCCAGAGAACAUGCUGGCUACAACUAAUAAAACUGAGAAAAGUGAAUUUCUAAACUUCUUCUACAAUCAUUGUAUGCAUGUCCUAACAGCACCACUUUUAACUAAUACUUCAGAAGACAAAUGUGAAAAAGAUAACAUAGUUGGAUCUAACAGAAACAACACAAUUUGCCCUGAUAAUUAUCAAACAGCACAGCUACUUGCCUUAAUUUUAGAGUUACUUACAUUUUGUGUGGAACAUCACACAUACCAUAUAAAAAACUACAUUAUGAACAAGGACUUGCUAAGAAGAGUUUUGGUCUUGAUGAAUUCGAAGCACACUUUCCUGGCUUUGUGUGCUCUUCGCUUUAUGAGACGGAUAAUUGGCCUUAAAGAUGAAUUUUACAAUCGUUACAUCACCAAGGGAAAUCUUUUUGAGCCAGUUAUAAAUGCUCUUCUGGAUAAUGGAACCCGGUACAAUCUGUUGAAUUCAGCUGUUAUUGAGUUGUUUGAAUUUAUAAGAGUGGAAGAUAUCAAGUCUCUGACUGCACAUAUAGUUGAAAACUUUUAUAAAGCACUUGAAUCGAUUGAAUAUGUUCAGACAUUCAAAGGAUUGAAGACUAAAUAUGAACAAGAAAAAGACAGACAAAAUCAGAAACUGAACAGUGUACCAUCUAUAUUGCGUAGUAACAGAUUUCGCAGAGAUGCAAAAGCCUUGGAAGAGGAUGAAGAAAUGUGGUUUAAUGAAGAUGAAGAGGACGAAGGAAAAGCAGUUGUGGCACCAGUUGAAAAAUCUAAGCCAGAAGAUGAUUUUCCAGAUAGUUAUGAAAAAUUUAUGGACACUAAAAAAGCAAAAGAAAGUGAAGAUAAGGAAAACCUUCCCAAAAGGACAUCUUCUGGUGGCUUCAAAUUUACUUUCUCCCACUCUUCGAGUGCUGCUAAUGGAACAAACAGUACAAACAGUAAAUCUGUUGUGGCUCAGACACCACCAGCAAGUUCUAAUGGGUCUUCUUCCAAAACUACAAACUUGACUACGUCAGUAACAGCCACCAAGGGAAGUUUGGUUGGCUUAGUGGAUUAUCCAGAUGAUGAAGAGGAAGAUGAAGAAGAAGAAACAUCCCCCAGGAAAAGACCUCGUCUUGGCUCAUAAAAUAUUUACUGGGGGACUCCCAACGUGUGGUCUUCUUACUAAAAUGCUGCAACUGUUCAAUGAGUGUAAAAAUCUGAAUCAGAAAGCUUUCUCACUUGAACUUAUAAAUAUACAAGGAGUAGCAGAAGAUCCUCAGUAUAUCAUCUAGGAGAGUUUAGUUCUGUAAAAAAAAAGAAAAAAAGGAAAAAAAAAAAAAGGAUUCCCAGGAACUUGAUUGCUUGCUAGGAUUAAGGGGUUUGCCUUUUCAGGCUGUAAAAAAUGGGGAAAAAAAAGAAUUUUUUUUUAAUUUAAAAAAAAAAAAAAAAAGGCUAGUUACCAGAACCUGGGAGAUAGUUUCUCAGCAAGGAAAGUCUCAGGUUUGGGGGGGAGAAAAGGUUGGUAAAAUAAUAUUAAUGCAGGGUUGCUCUGGGGGGUAUCCAGUCUAGAAAAACGUUACAAAACUUCAGUUGCAAACCCAAUAACAUUACUUGUAUAAUGGUGCUGGCCAUGUUAUUGUUUUAAUCAGUUGCCUCUUUUUAAAAAAAAAAAAUAUGGAAAACAAAUAGAACUAUCAAAAAAAAGAAGAAGAAGAAGAAGUAGUAGUCAAGCUUUUGGGACCAUUUCUUUGAAGACUUCACAGAAAUUCAGCCUUUUGAGUAGUUGGAGGGAGAUACACCCUGUAUUACAGCACACGUUAAAUUUUCUACACCAAGAAUUUUCAGUAUGUAUUUUGACRAAAAUAAGCUGCAUUCAAAAUGGAUAGUUUUGUUAAUAAAAUUUUUAAAUCAGCACUUUUGAGAUAAUAGUAGCCAUGAAAACAGUUAGUAUUCCAUAAUGAUCCUCUUCAGAAUCUUGGAAAUGGACAGAACAGAAUGUUUUUCAGUAACCUACCAGUACAAUCCUUUGUAGAAGAUAAAUUCUGAAGUCCCUUUUUGCUUUGUUAGUAAAAAGUGUUUAUCUUCAGAGCUGCAGGCAAGUAUUAAAGCAUAAUUUAUAAAGACUAAUUUGAAAAAAAAAAACAGUGCUGAAUUGUAGUAUUUAAUAUCUAGAAGCCAUUUUGAUCCAAGGAGUUAAGUGUCAAGUCACAUGCAGUACAGGAAACUUUCCCACAAGCAGACAAGGGUGUAUGUAAUACAAACAGCUGCUUUUUUAAAAGACUAAAAGCACAUUCCAUGUACGUAAAGGAAUUUAAAAUAACAAAUUGAGGCAAACAGUUACAAUGUUUUUAUUUUUAGAACAGCAGUUAACUGUAAAUAUUUUAAUGUUAGUUUGCUCAUCUAUGAUCUGAGAUCAUGCUGAGAUGAGAAAAAUGUUCCCAAACUACAAUUUAAUGCAUUUGGAAAAAAAAAAUCUAAAAAUAGUAAUUCCAGCUACAGUCUUUAGAUCACCUUUGUAAUGUGUUAAUGGGUCCAUUUUUUCCUGGAAUAGCUUAAACUGAAGCAGUUUCCCCUGUUUUGGAGAUUUUGUAGUUAAUUUUAAUUUUGGCUAUUAUUUGGAAAAGAUGGGCUGUCUGUGUAGAUAUGAAGUAUAGUUUUUCCAUAAAACAGAUGUUUAUUUUGUAUUAAAAAUACCACUGUACUUGUUUUACACCAUUUGUAUACAUGUGGUGAUAUUAAUGCUGAACUGUAAAAUUCAGGAAUUAAAAUGUGACCCUGUAAUUCCAUGAUUGAUGCUUGUGUUUGUUUUAUGGUAAAUAUAAAUUAACUCCAUUUUAAAUUAUCUUUUAAAAGCCAAUAAAAUUAUCAUCCAUAAAUUUAUUAUAAGCCACUAGAUCAUACAACAGUCUGAAUGAAAGCCCUAAACCAAUAAAGGUCAACUGCACUUUUAACAUCACUGAUUACUUAUAGAAAGUGAGCCUUGGGCAAGUAGAAUCUCAGCACCAAA